CAUCUCUUCUUCUUCUUCUUCUCUUUUUUUGGGCCAAAUCAAACACCAAACCUCAAAUAUAUUUUUCUAAAAUGAAACUGUCUAUUACAACUUUUAAAAGAUCUCAAACAUAUUUGCAAUCUUCAUGUAGUCAUUUGUGGCGUGGUUUAAAUUCAAUCGGUAAUGAAGAGAAAAUAGAAAUUCCAAAAAGGAUACAUAGGAGUCCCACUGAUAUAUUGCGAUGUUUAGAAACCACUAUAAGCAGAGAUCCAACUGCUGCUCAUUACAAAUAUCACGAUGAUCCUUAUUUAAUUCCAAUGUCGAAUGUUGGUAAGCGUACCUUUGCCAUGGCCCAAGAAGCGGGUAGGAAGGCUGCUCAUUGGGUUCGAAAGGAAAAUGCAGAACUUUUCAAUCAUUUAGAAGCGGACCCAGUGAUACCAUCUUUUCUACCCAAGUUAGUAUAUACAGAAGAAAGUAAAGUUACGGAGGACGAUUUAAUAAAGGUUAUAGCAAACUGUCAAGUACAAGAUGCCCAGAUUGUUUAUAAACUAUUAAAAAAUCAAGGAAAUAAAAUAUCAGCUGAUUUACAACAAGCUUUAUUGGAAUUGGUUUGUUAUUAUAAUUGUUCAGAUGGUAUUGCUGAGGAAUUUAUCGAAGAACGCUGGUUUAGACAGAGUUCAAACUUAAAAGAACGACAGAGAAAAACGUGGAAAGAUAGUAGCUUCGCCGAAGAACUAUUUCAGACGAUAUCGAACCCUACCGCGGAAACGUACUGCACGAUAAUACAAGGAAUGAAUAAAUAUUUUCAAGUGGACAGAGCAUGGAAACUUUUCGAGGAAGCCCAAAAUAAAGGCUUCGUUCUAACGACAGACACUUACAACUCUGUUAUUCGAGUGGCGAAUUUCCUGAAAGAAAGUUUCGAUAUGAGAUGGACGUUUAUCGUAAAUACUCUUGACGAUAUGAACAAAGCCGGUGUUAAACCGAAUUUGGGUACGUUGAAUUCGGUAUUGCACGUCCUUAGUACGAUGGGUACCAGCAGGACUGUUAAGGAUUACAUUUUGAAUAUAUUGAGCGAAUUUAAGAGCUUGGGCAUCGAACCUUCAUUGGGAACUUGGUAUUACGUGCUGGUUACUUAUUGCAAAGAAAGGGGAAUGGUGAGUACCAUCCUACAUGACAUCAUGAACCAACUGGAGAAUAAAGAACAGCAAAUAAAGGAUAUCAGCGAUACGAAUUUCUUCGUAACUGCAAUGGAUAUAUGUAGGAAUCAUUUGAACGACGCCGAUCUAGCCAAAAGGGUAGAUAAAUUGUUACAUGUAGGAUCGAAUUACGAUUUAAUUGGAGAUUCGUAUAAAGAGUCCAUCUAUUACCGUCAUUACUUCAUUUUGAUGUCAACCAGCAUUCCAUUGGAGGAAUUCAUGUCGAACAUCUACGACGUCUUGGUGCCGAACAUCUACGUGCCGGAACCGGGAGUGAUGAGCGAGAUUCUUAAACAGAUCGAAGUGAACGCCGCCGUCGAUUACAUACCGAAAUUGUGGACGGACAUGACGACGUUCGAUCACACCGAUCGAGAAUCUUUGGUCGAAGCCGUAUUGAACAUCAUGGUCGACGACGUCUCGCCCAAAAAGGAUACCACGUUGACUGAAAGUUUCGCCGCCAUCGCUUGGGAUAUUUACGUCAAAGUGGAAAAUCAGAAUAUCAAGAAAAUUAAUAAAAUCAAUUUGACUGGUGAUCUUCUCGGCAAAGUGAUGCUCAUGUUAUUGAAGAACGAUGAUUUCGAUAAGGCCUGCAAAAUUAUGGACAAACUCGAUAGAGAUCAUCAGACCGUGGCAGGCGUUCCGAAAAUCGAGGUGCUCGAAUUGUUUAUUGAUCAUUGCAUUGAAAGAAAAAUGCCUACCAGAGCGAUUAUUUGUAUCGAAUAUUGCUCAGAUAGUGGUUUCCCACAAUGCGGUGUAUUGGCGUCCAAAUUAAAUGAAAAACUAACCCUCGAUGAAGAUCACUUGAAUAGAUUGUCCAGAAUAGUUGGAGACAUGAAAUUGAGCAGUAAAGUUGCAGAAGAAGUACAUUAGAAAAGUUGCGUUAUGAUUAAGUAUUUUUUGUAAAUAAAUGUAAUUUUUUGUU